CCGGUGACCACACAGGAAGCACAAAUCAUGGAGUCAUUGACGAGAGUAUUAUCGAUCGGCCAUACUUUGCGAAGGAAGCUUGUUCUCGCUGUUUAACCAAACCCAACUCGCACCUCAAUAUAACAAGGAACAAUUAGAGCUUGUCUUGCUCUGUAUGCGAAAUCAUCGGGCGGAUGUUGAUAUUUCGUAUUCCGUACAACUCGCUGCGACAGCUUGCGUUUAUAAUUUGACUAACAGGGAAACAGGGUCAACUAUACCUGCUAACAUGCUUUCUGAGGUUGUGAAGGAAACUCUGGCAACAAUGGAAAGGUUCCAAGAUCGACAACAAUUGCAGAAAAAUUGUUUGAUGACGCUGUGUAGCGACAAGAUAUUGAAGGAAGUGACUUUUGAUUACUUCAAAACAGCCCAAUUAGUGAUGCAAUGUCUCUGCACCAAUGAGGACAGUGCCAUGCAUCGGAUGUCUGUCGCCAUCAUUUCGAUUCUUGCCGCCAAAAUAUCUACAGAACAAACGGCUAUUCUGGGAUGCAGUAAAUACAUGAAGGUUUUACUCCGAAUUGUGGAAAAGAAACUUAACGCUGCUCAUCUUGAUUUGACGUUGAAAUUUACACUCAGUGCUCUGUGGAAUCUCACAGACGAGAGUCCGUCAACUUGCCAAAAUUUUAUUGACAAUGACGGGCUUAGUCUCUUUGUACAAAUUUUAAGUGUGAAUGAUGACAAUCCUUGUCUUCAAACUAAAGUUCUUGGACUUCUGAAUAAUCUUGCUGAGGUACCGUCUCUACGCUGCCAUCUACUGGAGCAUGACAUACAAUUAAUCGAAUCGAUUCAAAAACUUCUGCAUUCAAAACACAUUGAGGUGAGCUACUUUGCUGCCGGCAUCAUCUCUCAUCUAGCGAUACUUGGAGCGGAAGAUUGGAUUGCGUUAACAAAUGUAGAAAAACUGAGGGGGGAAUUACUGACUGACCUGUACAACUGUGUGUUGUCAUGGAAACCUCCCGAUGGAGAAAUGGUUGCAUAUAGAACGUUCAAACCCUUCUUUCCGUUGCUGAGAAGACACGACACUCCUGCUAUGCAACUGUGGGCGGCUUGGGCGAUACGUCACGUCUGUCUUAAAAACGGAGAAAAAUAUCAAGAAAUGUUAGUGGCCGAAGAAGGUAUUCAAUGUCUUGGCGAGGUGUUGACAAAUCCCGAUCUCGACAAAAAAGUUAAAGAAUUGAUCAAAUUGACAUUAGAAUCCAUUGAAAAAACCCACCCGGAUAUAAUGGAAUGUGUUUAGACAAUAGGAACACUGGAAAUGGGAGCGUUGUAUUUUUGUGUGGUUGAAAUUUUAGUUUAUAGAAUUGUAACUGGGGUGAUUAGCUGAAAUAAGGUUGAAAGAAAUUGAAUAUUUUUAUCUCUUCAGAUUUACAUUUUAUUCCGUUUUCGAAAUUUUGUAUUCCAGGGAUUAUUGAGAACAGUUUUAUUUGAAACAUAUUGAUUUAGGUCAUUUGACAGUGUGACCAAAUAUGCAGCGUUUAAUUAUCGAAAACUGUAAAAAAGUAGAAAAGCAUUCAAACGAUGGUUCAUUUGCUUUUCCAUAUUCCAAUAAACAGGGUGUCCAUAAAGUCCCUUUACAAUUCCAAUUUUGUUAUGAAGUCAGUUAUCAAUAUAUCUCAACCAGGUUUGAUGUUUUUUAAUCAGUAAUUGUUCAAGUAUUUUUGCCUCAUUUAAUACAUCUGUGAAGGCCAAAACAUUAAAUGAUUCGAUGAAUUUAUUUUGUAAUUUUAACCACUUUUAAUACUUUAUAUGGACACCCAAUAUAAAUUGACUUCUCUUGUUAAACAUUGCCCAAAUCUUGAAAGUAUUCGAUCUUCCAUAUUGGAAUUAAAUUCAGAAUAGAACAUCAUUUUAAACCUGUCUGGAAGUAACAUAGAGAUCAUUUCCAAAUAGAGUAUUGAUUAAUCAAUUAAUUAGCUAAGUGGUAGUAUUAAUUAACGAGAGCGUUUUGCUUGUCCAAGCCUACUUUGCUAAAUUUAAUGACUGUUCACAAGAGUAGAUCUCAAUUAAAUACUUAUGCUUGGUGAAUUAUUGCUGUUAAAGUCUGUCUGUUGUUGUCAUACGUGUGUCUUUUAAAUCAAUGUUAGAUAGAUUCCACUGAACCGAGUCUGAAUCUCAAUCUACUCAAGUAGAUUGAUUAGUUUAUCAAAACUGAUAGAUAGAUAGAUAUAAACUGAUUUAAUGACAUUUUGGGCACUCCAGAAGUCUGUGUACCAAUAUGGAGGUAACUAAUUUUGUUCGCUUACUUUACAUCAAGUUGCGUAAAGGGACUGAAACCUAUGGGCAGGGGCUAACACAGACAGUCCCCGAAAUCGUAAUAGAACUAAAAUAAGGAAAAUUGUAUAAAAUCAUGGCCUAACCCUGACCUGGUACACGAACUACGGAAGUACCGCAUUAUGUAUAUGCUAUGUAUCUCUUAUUGUAUUAUUGUUGGAUUUUCUGCUCUGUAAUGUUUUCAUGUUUUAGCCGAGUCAUGGGUCAUCCAGGUCUGAAAUUUAGUUGUUCUAGGAGUUAAGUCACACCGGUGUUUAGUUGAUGACAAGUUCUAGUCAUUCAUUUCAUUUAGACGACGAAGUUUUUAACAAAUUGCGAUAGCUGUUGGGUCAAGAAUACGAGCCUGCCCAACAUUUAAACUCAGAACUCCUGGAAAUUAAGAAUGUUUGAAUUGGUAUAAAAAUCUAUAUAGACUGUUUUGAUAUAUUUGUGCCUUUUUUGCUGUCAUUGCGCAUUCGCUACUUAUAACAUUCAAUCAGCCACUAAGUAUGAACCAGAGGUGAAAAUCUCUCCUUUUUUUGGAAUUUCUAGUUUUCAUAUGCGCAUACAUUUGACUCUAGUCUUGACAAAUUGCAAAUUGUUGUUUAGACAAUGAUCUGAGCAUUCGCAACAUCUAAACUCAAAACUUGUGGACUUUUAAUCAGUUUGUGGAAUACUUUUGUGCAAAGCCGAAAAUAUUUUCUGGUGGGAAUUGCCAGAAUGGUUGAUAUAUUUAAUAACAGUAUUUGUAUUCCAUAUAUUUCUGAUUGCUUUAUCAUUCGAAGUUUCCGCUCAGUAAUGUUUUUAUAUUUCAAAUCAGUUCCCUGUGUCAGCAUUCUAAAAUAUUUAUGCUUUACAUCUAGUUUCGAAUGGUCUAUAAGCGAAAUUGGAACCAAAGAAAAUGAGUUUUCAAAAACAGAUCCAGUUGGAUUGAAAUUUACUUUUUAAACAAUGGUCAUGUCCACUAUCGCACAGUUAUCACUUUUGCGGAUAAUUUCCAUCUAUUGAGCAUUCAAAUAUAAUAACCCAAUUUGUACCAUUCAAAAUUUUGUUCCUUCUUUUUAAUUCAAAUUUUUAACUAAACUCAAAUUUUGAAUGUUUCUUUCUUUUGUGUCCCUAAGUGUUAAAUUAGUAAACACUGCUAAUAUAUUGACGGAGUUUGGGAUUGGCCCAAACUAUUGCAUGGCUGUAUGUGAAAUUGAUUCUGUAGAGAUUAGAAUAGCAACUGAAAAUUGACUUUUGUAAUAGAAAUGAAUUCAUCUUAAAACUUUAUCACCUUUUUGUUAAGCACAAACUCAUAAUUAAAAUAACUUCAGAUGUCUUGCAUGUAGCGCAAGGGCAACUAAAAUAUAAAAAUAAUACAUACCGGUAAUUUAUAACAAGAUUUAAAAAUUGUUUUCAAAUUAAAGUUAGCACGAUCUUUAUAAAAGUGCAGGGCCAACACUGGCUCAUUAUUUGCAGUGGCAUAAGGCUGGCCCUAAUGGCUACUGCCAUUACAGUCACACCAAAGCCAAUCAACAUAGUCAGCAAUUAGCGGAUUAUUAUUUCCUUAUUAAAAAUCUAUUUUUCUUGUCCCUGCUCCAGAUUUCUGUGGCUACAAUUUUUUAGUGUUUUUGAUUUAUCGUAUUUAAUGUUUCAAUUAUUAAACAACGUACUUAAGUUUGAUUUUGUAUAAAUUUUUGUUUCAUUUUAUUGGAAUAAAUUGUUCAUUUGUAGCUUA